AUGGCAACGCACGGGAUUGAAUCGGUCUCCCCCCCCCCGGCGCACGACGACUAUGAGGCCGGCGGCGAAAAACACAAUGCGAUGCGCGCCCUGGUCGAGACCGACCUGCUGGACGAGCGAUAUGCCCAGACCCAGCGAGGUCUGCGCAGUCGCCAUGUGCAGAUGAUGGCUCUCGGAGGCACCAUUGGCACCGGUCUGUUUGUGGGUGCUGGCCAGUCGCUCGCCAUUGGCGGCCCAGCCUCGCUGCUGAUCGGCUACAUCUUUAUUUCCUGUCUGGUGUAUUGUCUGGUCACCGGCAUUGCGGAAAUCGGCGCCUACCUGCCCGUGCAUGGCGGUACCAUGAGCUACCACGGUUUUCGCUACGUGUCGCGCAGUCUGGGCUUUGCGAUGGGAUAUCUGUACUGGUACUCGAUUGGCAUUUUGGUGCCGUACGAGAUCACUGCCGCGUCGCUGGUUAUUGAUUAUUGGAACCCGGGAGUCAACGUCGCUGUGUGGAUUACUAUCAUGCUGGUCAUCAUCGUGCUGCUCAACUACCUGCCCGUCAAGGUUUACGGCGAAUCCGAGUUUUGGUUUGCCGGUCUGAAGAUUUUGACCUUGGUCGGCUUGCUGUUUCUGAGCUUUAUUCUCUUCUGGGGAGGCGGCCCCAACCGCCAUCGCCUGGGCUUCCACUACUGGCACAAUCCGCGCGCCAUGAACACGUACAUUGUCGAGGGGAAUGCCGGCCGGUUUGUCGGUUUACUGCAGUGCAUUGUGUCGAGUGCCAUUGCUUUUAUUUUUGCGCCGGAGCUGAUUGUUAUUUCCGGCGGUGAAAUGGAGUCCCCCCGUCGCAACGUACCGCGCGCUGCUCGUCGCUACAUCUACCGACUGGUGUUUUUCUAUAUCUUUGCCGUGCUGGCCAUUAGUGUCAUUUGCCCCUCGGACGACUCGCGCUUGACCAACGGUGGUGCCGGCGCAGGCUCGUCGCCGUUUGUGGUCGGUAUUCAAAACGCCGGCAUCCCCGUGCUGGACAGCAUUGUCAAUGCCGCCGUGUUGACCUCGGCCUGGUCGGCGGGCAACUCGUUCUUGUACAUGUCCUCGCGAUCCUUGUAUGGUUUAGCCAUGUCCGGCAACGCCCCCAGCGUUUUCAAAACCUGCAACCGAUGGGGUGUGCCCUGGGUGUCCGUGUCCUGCUCCGCGCUUUUCUCGUUGCUGGCCUACCUCUCCGUCGGCACCUCGAGUUCUGUCGUCUUUAACUGGUUUGUCAAUUUUACCAAUACCUCGGGCUUCAUCUCCUGGUUUUGCUGCUGCAUUGUAUAUUUCCGCUUCCGCAAGGCCGCCGACACCCAGGGCGUCGAGCGGCCGUACAAAUCCUGGCUGCAGCCGUACGGAUCGUACAUUGGCAUGGCCGGCGCGUUGUUUUUGACGCUGAUUAAUGGGUUUUCGGUGUUUUUCCCGUCCAAGUGGUCGGUCAAUAACUUUUUUACGGCUUAUAUCGGUAUCCCCGCGUUUUUGUUGUUGUACUUUGGACAUCGCAUUGUGUAUUGGAAUGAUCCCUGGGCGUGGAAGCCUGAGGAUGUCGAUAUGCAUACGGGGCUGGACGAGAUUAUUGCGGCGGAGAGGCCAGCGCCGGUGUAUGAUACAUGGUACAAGAAGCUGCUGGUUUUGAUUGAGUGA